UCGAGCCAUGUUGUAGGAAAUCCGCUUGCGGCGGAUUAUUGUAAUCCGACAGGGUGUCUGGACGACACAUCGGAUCACGACAAAAAGCGGAGCCCAGCGGCCUGUAACAGACGCACCUCGUCUAAGAAUAAAGGGAUAAAGUUGAGAUAUGAUCUGACGCACUGCUCACUGCUCCUGAAGGCAUCAUCGGCGGUGCCCGGGCCGCUUCCUGGACCAGUCUAUUCAACUGACAGACACUGACAGCGGCUUGGCAUCACUGCACCGCGGAGCAGAGGGGAGAGGAAAGGCUUAAAUUUGUUAGUUAAAGAGCUCUCCUCCCUUCUCCCUUCCCCCGUCAGGUUUAACUCCAGCCCAGCUCGACUCGGUCGCCUUUGCGGAGCGAAGCGCUGCUGCUCCGAGCCGCUGACACACAGCUAGCUAGCGCGGCUAGCUCGCCCCAGCUAGCUAGCUAGGAAGGAAUUUGUCAAGUUUAGUUAGGAAUUCAGCAAAUUCUCCGAGCCGCAGCCCACAAGGAGGGAGGAUGUCGGCGAAAGACCAAAACAAACUCUCCACCAUUGAACGACCUAUUAAAGCGGUGCCAUAUCCUCCCGGUACCCGCCUGUCGGUCAAAGACCUGUAUGUGGACGGGAGGCCCAGCGUGGAGCUGCUGAAGGCCCAUCUGGUGAAGGAGGGUCGGCUGGAGGAGGAGACGGCCCUGCGGAUCAUCAAUGAGGGAGCUGCCAUCCUGCGCCAGGAGAAAUGCAUGCUGGAAGUGGAAGCCCCCAUCACAGUGUGCGGGGACGUCCACGGCCAGUUCUUUGACCUGAUGAAGCUGUUCGAGGUGGGCGGAUCCCCCAGCACCACCCGCUACUUGUUCCUCGGGGACUACGUGGACCGAGGCUACUUCAGCAUCGAGUGUGUACUGUACCUGUGGGCUCUGAAGAUCAACCAUCCCAACACCCUCUUCCUCCUCAGAGGCAACCACGAGUGCCGGCACCUCACAGAGUACUUCACCUUCAAACAGGAGUGUAAAAUAAAGUACUCUGAGCGUGUAUAUGAUGCCUGUAUGGAUGCGUUUGACUGCCUGCCUCUGGCUGCUCUCCUCAACCAGCAGUUCCUCUGUGUGCACGGAGGUCUGAGCCCUGAAAUCACCUGCCUGGAUGACAUACGAAAGCUGGACCGGUUUAAGGAGCCUCCUGCGUUUGGGCCGAUGUGCGACCUGCUGUGGUCGGACCCGGGUGAGGACUACGGCUCAGAAAAGACCCAGGAACACUUCUGCCACAACAGCGUGAGAGGCUGCUCUUACUUCUACAGUUACCCAGCAGUGUGUGACUUCCUGAUGAACAACAACCUGCUGUCUGUAAUACGAGCACAUGAAGCCCAGGAUGCAGGGUAUCGAAUGUACAGGAAAAGUCAGACGACAGGCUUCCCCUCUUUAAUUACGAUCUUCUCUGCUCCUAACUACCUUGAUGUGUACAAUAACAAAGCUGCGGUGCUGAAAUACGAGAAUAAUGUGAUGAACAUCCGGCAGUUCAACUGCUCCCCUCAUCCCUACUGGCUGCCCAACUUCAUGGACGUGUUCACCUGGUCUCUGCCCUUCGUCGGAGAGAAAGUGACGGAGAUGCUGGUGAACGUGUUGAACAUCUGCUCUGACGACGAGCUGAUGUCAGAAGGGGACGACACGUGUGAGGGUGGAGCUCCAGCUGUGAGGAAGGAGGUGAUCAGGAAUAAGAUCCGGGCCAUUGGGAAGAUGGCGCGUGUCUUCUCUGUGCUCAGAGAGGAGAAUGAGAGUGUGUUGCAGCUGAAGGGGCUGACCCCGACAGGCACGCUGCCUCUGGGGGUUUUGUCUGGAGGUCGGCGAACUCUGCAAAGCGCCACCGUAGAGGCAGAAGAGGCACGAGCCAUUCAAGGCUUCAACCCGCAGCACAAGAUCCAGAGCUUCGAGGAGGCUCGAGGUCUGGACCGCAUCAACGAGAGGAUGCCCCCCCGCCGCGACAGCAAGCAGCAGGAGGCCGCGCCCUCCCUCAACAACCUGCCGGCCAGCGCCGGAACCCCGGACAAGAACGGCACCAACGCCCAGGCCUAAACCCCUCCCCCUUUCCUUCCUCUUAUCUCCUCCUCUUCUUCCUCUCUUACACCCUUCCUUCCUUCCUUCCGUCCUUCCUUCUUGCUUCCUUUCCUUCCCCUCUUCUCUCCAUUAAGAGCAGGAGAAGUUCAGUCCGAGCGGCUCUCAACACGCUUAAUUUAUUUUAUCAUCUAUUGAAUAUCAUAGUUCCAGACUGAACA